AUGCCUCACUCAGUAUCUUCGCAGGACUCGUCCGCUGGUCGCAAGGAUGAUGAACUUCUACCUGACGCUCCUCCUGCAGAGACAGCACCCGCAAACCAGGAGGCCAAUGCAGCCUCAGGAGUGAAACUUGAAGACCUAUUCAACGAUGACGACGAUGAUGAAUACCCAGCCUCUAGUGCGCCAGAGACGAAAAAUGGUGCUUCCUCUGCUCCGGAACCUGCUGCUGCUCCGGGACCCCAGGUUGAUACCGAUACAAUGCUUGCGUUCUAUCAACGCCUCUUUCCCUUCCGCUAUCUAUUCCAAUGGUUGAACCAUGGCAUUGUUCCUUCCCCCGACUUCGGAAACCGUGAAUUCGCCCUUACCCUUCAAAACGAUGCCUACCUGCGAUAUCAGUCAUAUGCGACCGCGGAUCUUUUCCGGAAAGAUAUCCUAAAAAUGAACCCAUCUCGGUUUGAAAUCGGGCCUGUCUACAACACGAAUCCGCGAGACAGGAAGACGCUCCGAGGUGGCCAGAUGAAGCCGAUUGCCAAAGAAUUAGUAUUCGAUAUCGACCUUACGGAUUACGAUGACAUCAGAUCCUGUUGUGAGAAGGCAAACAUUUGUAGCAAGUGCUGGGCUUUUGUCACCAUGGCAAUGAAAGUCGUCGACACGGCGCUACGCGAAGAUUUCGGUUUCGAGCAUAUAUUAUGGGUCUAUUCUGGUCGUCGUGGUGCCCACGCCUGGGUUUGCGAUCCCCGUGCACGCAACCUUCCAGAUGAUCGGAGAAGAGCCAUCGCGGGCUACUUAGAUGUCAUCCGAGGAGGAAAUUCGAGCGGAAAGCGUGUUAUCUCAAGCGGCCUCUGCAUCCACACAUGUCUCGCAGCCUCGAAAUUCUUAAACCGUACUUCGCUCAAACUACGUUGGUGGACCAGGAAACAUUUGGAGUUCAGAGCAAGCGCAACGUCUUCUUUCUUUGCUGCCCGACAAGGGGUUGAACGAAUCCUUAAGGAAGAGAUGGGAGUCUUCGCCCGACCGCAGCAGUGCCAAUAAGUGGGCGGAUAUCGACGCCUUGGCCAAGACAGGCAAGAGCAGCACUCUCAACCCUACUACACUGCGAGAUGCCAAGCAAGACAUUGUUCUCGAGUACACAUAUCCGCGCCUGGAUUCUGAAGUUAGCAAAAAGAUGAUUCACUUGCUAAAGAGUCCAUUUGUCAUUCACCCUGGCACUGGUCGCGUGUGUGUUCCGAUAGACGCCCGAAAGGCGGAACAAUUCGACCCCCUCUCGGUACCUACAGUUUCGGAACUGCUUGCGGAGAUCGAUGCGUGGGAUGCGGAGCAUCCAAGCACCAAUGCAGGUCCGGAGGUAGCAGAUGGCGAAGGUAGUGUACCCGACUCCGAUGCUAGGGGUAGUCGCAGACUGCAAGACUAUGAAAAGACGAGUCUGAAGCCGUACGUCGACUAUUUCCGCUCAUUCAUUGCCGGGCUUCUGAAGGAAGAGCGUACGGGCAAGCGGGAAAGGAACGACGAUGCGACUGAGGUCAAGACCGAGAGCAUGGAGUUCUAG